AUUACUAUUAUUAUCUCAUCCACAUAUCUUCAUUUUCUCAACACCUUCAUCUUCAUUUUUGUGAUUUUUUCAAUUCUGAGUGUGACUGUGACUUAAUCAAAAUAAUUCAAUUAGAAACUAUAGUGACUGUGAUUGAAUUUGACAUAUGACAAUGGUGAAUGACUAAGUGGAAGUUCUAACGACCACACAUUCAUAAAAUUUUAACCUAUAGUUUCUCCGAUUGAUUCGAUUCUCUUUUUUUUUUCACUCUCUCUCUGUUCUUAACUUUGGAAAUGGCAUUCCCAAUUCCACACCUUAUCUCUUCACCAGCAUCUUCCUUUCUACCGUACAACCCUUUGUUAAACCUCACUCCACUUUCCUUAAACCCUAAAAUCCCAUUCUCAACACCUACGCCGCCGCAUAUUAACGUUCUCCGCCACAUUCGCCGCCGUAAGGCUACUUCACACCUCCGAUGCUCGGCGUCGUCUUACCCGGAGAACAACAACGCUAACUCUCCUAAUCAAGAUGACGUAACGGAGCUACCUCUGUUUCCUCUCCCUUUGGUUCUCUUCCCCGGAGCAAUCCUCCCUCUCCAGAUCUUCGAGUUUCGCUACCGUGUUAUGAUGCAUACGCUCCUACAUACGGAUCUCCGAUUCGGUGUUAUCUACACCGACGCGGUUACUGGAACGGCGGAAGUCGGUUGCGUUGGAGAAGUUAUAAAACAUGAGAGACUUGUCGAUGAUCGAUUCUUCUUGAUCUGUAAAGGUCAGGAGCGUUUCCGUGUGAAGAAAGUGGUUCGGACGAAACCCUACCUUGUGGCGAGUGUGGCGUGGUUGGAGGAUCGACCUUCUCCGUCUGCUGACGUGGAUGUUGACGGUUUGGCAAACGAAGUGGAGACGUAUAUGAAAGAUGUUAUUCGGUUAUCGAAUCGGUUAGGUGGAAAGGCGGAGAAAGAGGUUGGUGAUUUGAGGAGGAACUUGUUUCCGACGCCGUUUUCUUUCUUUGUUGGAAGCACGUUUGAAGGCGCGCCGAGAGAGCAACAGGCUUUGUUGGAAUUGGAAGAUACUGCUGCGAGAUUGGCGAGGGAGAAGGAAACUUUGAAGAAUACACUGAAUUACUUAUCUGCUGCUUCUGCUGUCAAAGAUGUUUUUCCAUCUUCUUCGUCUCCUUCGUCUCCCUCUUGAGAGGUAAUUCUAAUAUUUGGUUAACUCGGACCUUCUUCUUCUUAGCGUGAAUUCAUAUCCCAAAUUGCUCAUUCCUUUCGCUAUAUCGCCCUGUAUUUCCUUCUUGCCACUCCAUCUCAUCUUGCUAAUGUUGCAAGCUCGCGAUUUUGCCGACGUGCACUGUGACACCCUUGCCUUUCUGCAUUGCUCUUCAUUUAAUUGUUCUUUAUAUUUUCAUAUUCCUUUUUUUUCAGCUUUGGAAUUCAGCAUAUGUAUUUGAGAUUACAACUAUUUUAUAAUGUAAUCCAUAAUUUGAGAUUACAACUAUUCUAUAAUGUAACCCAUAAUCUAUAAUGAAAGUAUUUCCAAUUUCCCCCUUU